UCCUCCUCCCAGGCUCCUAGUCCAAUACAGUUGGUCCUCCCAUUUAUUACUUUGUAAUUUUAUGAUGUAUUAUGUAUUGUUUAUUUCUUGUCUUGUCACCUGCCUUGAUCCGAAGGGCGAGACGGGCUCAAAAUAUUGUUAUUGCUGAACAAUCUCUUGCUUUUUCUGCUGCUUGCAAAUACUGAAUGUUCUCUUCCCAUCGCAAGCAGCUGAACACUGGAAUAGGAACCAAGCAACGAUAGCAUUGGCUGCUCCAUUUCGGGCGGCACAAUGUCUUGGGACGGCCCUGCUAGGUACCAAGCUAUUUCCCUUGCCCAGAAUGGGCUGGGCAUCCUUGCCUGGGGCAACCAAAGUAAACGGAGAGUCUUCUCCUCCACCCAUGUCUUUCUUUGGAUGGUGGAAGAGAGCCAUGCCUCAGGCGGUAGAAUCCUUGGGGACGACCCUCUUAAGAGGAGACCCCCCCAAAAGACCCCAAACCAGCCCAAUGUUGGGGCAGAGGGUCCCUUUCCCCUGCCUCCAGGGAUGCCUCCAAAAAGAGGCAACAGCAGCAGCAUCCUCCUCCUUGGCUGCUCUGUGCGCCUUUACGCACCAAGCGGCUGCUGCAGAGCAAGCGCCUCUCUCUGUGUGUCUCUCUUCCUCCUCCUCCUCCCUGGAAGGGGCGGCCCUGGCUGCUCUGGCUCUAUAAAGCCCAGGAGCAGCUCUUGCCUCCCAAAGCCGAGUGGAGCCUCGCAGAGCCAGCCUCUCCCCUCUCUCUGGGUCUCUCUGGGCAUCCUCUGGUUCUGCCUCUCUCCCGAUGCGCCUGGCGGAGAUGAUCAAGAAGAUGUCUCCCAGCGAAGGCUCGGAGCUGAGCAUCCCGGCCAAGAACUGCUACCGGAUGGUCAUCCUGGGCUCCUCCAAAGUCGGCAAGACGGCCAUCGUCUCCCGAUUCCUGACGGGCCGCUUCGAGGAGCAGUACACCCCGACCAUCGAGGACUUCCACCGCAAGCUCUACAGCAUCCGAGGCGAGGUCUACCAGCUGGACAUCCUCGACACCUCGGGAAACCACCCCUUCCCCGCCAUGAGGCGCCUCUCCAUCCUCACCGGCGACGUCUUUAUUCUCGUCUUCAGCCUAGAUAACCGGGACUCCUUUGAGGAAGUCCAGCGCUUGAAGCAGCAGAUCCUGGAGACCAAGUCCUGCUUGAAAAACAAGACCAAGGAGAACAUUGACGUCCCUUUGGUCAUCUGCGGGAACAAAGGCGACCGUGACUUUUACCGUGAGGUUGACCCCAGGGAGAUUGAGCAGCUGGUGGGCCAGGACCCCAAAAAGUGCGCUUACUUCGAGAUCUCUGCCAAGAAGAACAGCAGCUUGGACCAGAUGUUCCAAGCCCUCUUCGCCAUGGCCAAGCUGCCCAGCGAAAUGAGCCCCGACCUCCACCGGAAAGUCUCCGUCCAGUACUGUGACCUCUUGCACAAAAAUGCCCUCAAAAACAAGAAGUUGCUGAAGGAAGGCUCUGGAGAUGGCGGCGGGGAGGCUUAUGGCAUCGUGGCCCCCUUUGCCCGCCGGCCCAGCGUCCACAGCGACCUCAUGUACAUCCGAGAGAAGGCCAUCCGGGGCGGGCAGGCCAAGGACAAAGAGCGGUGUGUGAUCAGCUAAGACGCUCCUCCGGCCUUCACGCUUUUUCCUGGCGAAAGGUGGGAAGAGGUUGUUUUUGUACCCAAACUUGGCCAGCCCCCAUGCGGUGGCAUUGAGGCCUUUUUGCCGAGGUUGGCAUCGCUCAGGCCUGCAGGGCACGCUGCCUCCUAGCUCUUUGAGGGGACCUUUUUUCACCAAACUCCCCUUGGUUUUUUAAUACACACAUAUAUAUAUUUGGAGGCGGCACGGUUGCCGAUGGGAGCGAGUUGGAGAAGAGCUGACCUCCAUGGACUUUGGAGUGGAGAAGAGACAUUUCAAACAACAAACAUUGUGAAGGAGAAGCAAUCUCCGAACGGUCAUUCUGCAUUGUGCGACGUCUUAAAAUCCAUGUGUGUUUGUGUGUUUAAGGGAGUGUUGGACAUAGGGCGGACGGAAACAGCCUACAAUGAACAUUUUUAGACACAUACUUGGUUGUAUCCACUGCAAUGUUUCUGAACACUGAGAAAUCAACAUCUGCCGCUGCAAAAGGGAACGCAAGGGACUGGACUAUGCAUGCGUGCGCAGGCUGUGUGUGUGUGUGCGGUGUUUCGUUUUUUUCGUUUUUUGGAAGACAAAAGAAAGUUUUCCUGUUUACAUUUUGCCCUUCUUUGUCUUGAGCUUUUUCUCUCGCAAAAAAAGAGGGAGAAAAAAGAAAUUUGCAUUCAAGCAAACAGGCACUUUAUAUGUCGAAAGACUUGGUCCAUCGAUGGACGAGAUGAACAAAAUCUUAGCUCAGUGUCUUACGACGUGUGACACGCUGGUUCUGUCUUUUUGUUAUAUUUUUGCUACAAAACAAUAAAAUAUU